UUCCUGACUCCGUGGCCAGGCUGCUGUGAGACUCCUCAGAGAUGCAGCUGUCUAUAACUCAUCCAUGCUGUUGGACCCUGCGUCUGCUACUGGUGUCCAACCUGCUCCUGUGGGAGAAUGUCGCCUUGGUGCCCACGUGCUUAGUAAGGAAUGGGCGCUGCUUUGCUUCCUUGGAAGAAAUGCUUGAAAGAGCUGUUGGUUUGUCUGAAGAGAUAAGUAAACAAGCUCUUCAACUGUUUACUGAAUUUGAUAAUCAGUAUGCGCAGAGCAAGCAGCUCAUUAACAAGAACUUCAAAAAAUGUCAUACAUCUUCUCUUGAGCUUCCAAAACCCAGCAGUACAUCUGUUCAGACACAUCCCAUAACCCUACUGAAAAUAGCAAGCAAAUUAUUGAGCGCCUGGAAGGUUCCUCUGAACGACCUAGUGAACAACCUGCCAUCCUUGAAAGACAUACAUCCUAAUAUCCUUUCCAAAGCCAGAGAGAUUGAGGCUAAGAGCGCUGGACUCCUGGAGGGUGUUAAGAGCAUUCUCAUCCAGAUGCAAAAUGGAGAUACAGAAGAUGAGAACUACCCUGGCUGGUCUGGACUGGCAUCCUUGCAGUCAGAGAAUGAAGAUGAUCGCCUCUUUGCAUAUUAUAACAUGAUCCGCUGUGAGGGUAGAGAAACGCAAAAGGUUGAAACUGCUCUCAAGAUGGUGAAGUGCAAAAUUUCAAAUGAAAACAACUGCUAAGCCCUUUGUAUCCCAUCUGUAUCUGAGAUGCUCCUUGAUGAUAUAUUGCUGUGAAACCUGCUUUAUGUUUCUCUCUUUUAAAUGCAUGCUCAGUGUGAUUGUUAUCUUCUUUUACAAUAAAAAACUGACCCCAUGUAUGUGACCAUCUGAGAAUCAAUUGGUCAAAAUUUCUCUUCCUUUAAUAAAAUCUGUAUGCAUACCA